AUGCUGCCCACCCCAUCGACGUCGCACGUCGACUACAACCGCAUCUACGAGCCAGCAGAGGAUUCCUUCCUGUUCCUCGACACCAUCUCCUCUCCAUCCGAGACCAGCUUCCUGACGUCACGGUUCCAAAACGGCCCGACGCCGCUGGUCGUCGAGGUCGGGACUGGUUCGGGGGUGGUCAUCGGCUUCGUGGCCGCCCAGGCGCGGCACAUCUUUGGCGGCGACCACGGCGCCGUGGUCGCGGUCGGCGUCGACGUCAACGCCUUUGCGUGCGCCGCCACGGCCGAGACGGUGAAGCUGGCCAUCAAGGACGAAAAGGAGGAGGAGGGUGGCGCGAGCUCGAGCGCUGGCUUGUACCUGGGCUCGGUGCGGGCGGACCUGGGCUCCGCGCUCCGCCCGGGCCAGGUCGACGUCCUGCUGUUCAACCCGCCGUACGUCCCCACGCCCGAAAUGCCGGGUCGGGACGUCGAGGCCGAGCUGCAAAAGGGCGGCGGCGACGACUUUGCGCGCGACUCGUACCUGCUGGAGCUGUCGUACGCGGGCGGAAGGGACGGGAUGGAGACGACGGAUCGCCUUAUCGAGGCCCUGCCGGCCUUGCUGUCGGACAAGGGGUGUGCGUAUAUUUUGUUGUGUGCGCAGAACAAGCCCGAGGACGUCAAGAGGAGGAUAUUGGGGUUUGGGAACGAGUGGAGGGUCCACAUGGCCGGAUCUAGUGGGAAGCAGGCCGGGUGGGAGAAGCUUCAGAUCAUUAGGAUAUGGAGGGAGCGGGAUACCGAUGGUUUGAGGUGA